GGCACCAGAUCCGGGUCUCCUGCAUCAAUUUUGGCCCACACAGCUCGACUAUCUCCUAGCAUUGCACGCAGUCAUCAACACGGCUUGCACUGCCAAGCCAGGCGCCGCCAAUCAUGACUUUCCAUGGUGCCUUUCCGAGCAGCCCGCUGAGCCGCUCGGCCCUCCGAGGCGACACUGGCCUGGGGCUGAGAAUGAAGGAGCAGCAGCCUCGGCACGCUUCCAACCCAUCGCGAGCAUCGCCCCUGCUCGACGGCACCAGUGGAGAGGAAGAGAUCAUCGACAAUGGUCCUAGAAACGCUGGCAGCCUCCUCACGAUGCAAGCGAGGAGAGCAUCCCAGCCAGCUUCAGCCUCGUCGGCGUCGGCGUCGGCAGCGGCGGCAGCGAGAUCGCAUCCAUUGACUAUGAGCACGCCGCCUCAUCGCUUUAGGCAACCAGGGGCCUGGUCGCCCGACUCGGCUGUAGAUGCCUAUGUUGCCACGAGCCCGCCCUCGCACCUUCAUCACCCACGCAGCCCUCCGUCGAGCGCGACUCGAUCGCCGACGAGCAGCAGCAGGCGGCGCUUUUCUGGUCAGAGCUUUGGCGUGAGCCCAACGCCCAACUUUGGCAGCCUCAUUGGCUCGUACGAGGAAUCGCUUCUCAGCGGACGCAUGUCGACACUGCCCUCGAAGCCGCUUAUCUUCGACGCAGAGCUCGGCGUCCUGGGCCUGGGCAAGUGCAAGCCGUCCCUGCGCUGUCCACCGCAUCUGAACGUCAAGUUCCCCGCCCACUUCUACAGCCUCGAGGGCGCUUCGGAAAAGGAAGGCAAGGUCUCGCCGGGCAGCCCGUAUGUAGGUACAAUCGACAUCGAGAGCCACUACCUCGACGAGCUGCUGGCCUGUCAAUUCGACGAAGCACUGGCUCUCUCUGAGGAUGCGUCCUCCCAGUCCACAACGUCGCAGCAACCGAUGGACAUCGUCCAGGGCGGUGCUGCCGCUGGCUCCACAAGGCAGAGCCACCCGAUGCGUCCAAGUCCGCGCAGCCGGCGAGGUGCGGACGACUCACAAGCAAAUGACAAGGACGAGACAGAGGCGCAGUCAACCAAGCUGCCAGCCUUUCCCGGCUAUCGUGUGCCACCCAAGGGCCAGAUCCAGCUCGUCAUUAAGAAUCCGAAUCACACCGCCGUCAAGCUCUUUCUUGUCCCGUACGACUUGUCCGACAUGCCGGCGGGGACCAAGACGUUCAUCCGGCAGAAGAGUCACGCUGCUCCUCCUGUUCCGGGCUCGGAGACGGGCCUGGCAAGCCGGCCACCGGACGCGCCGCCGCCAUCCCCUUCCCCAUCACCCAGCAGCAGUAUAACACCUAGGCUCUCGGCAAAGGAGACGCUAAGAUAUGCCGUCCACUUGCAAUUCUGUGCCGUCGCCAAUGCGCCUGCAAAGGCAGCGAGAAAACCAGAGGCUGGCUUCGAGGGACUCGAUGUCCCUAUCGAGGCUCGCACAACACGUCGAGCAAGGGCUUCGCAUCCCCCAGAUCCCCGUGCAGCGGGGGGAACAGGGCCAACAAGCGCCGCGCAGCAGCCCAAGAUCUACCUGCACAAGAACAUUCGCGUGUGCUUUGCGGCUAGGCUGCCCGACAAGUCAGAGAAGCUCAGCGUCUUAACGGACACGCCAGGUGGGGUCAAUGGCAACAAGGAGCAGAUGUAUGCGUCCUAUGCUGGCCCGGGAGAGGAGUGGAGAGAGGCCAAACGAGCCGUGAAGCUCAGGGAGCGGGCGAAAGAGAUGGAGAAGAGGCGCCCACGAGACUCACAGAUGAUACCGACCACUGCUGUGGAGGAUCGCACCACCCUUGCAAACCCUGACGAUGACAGCCUCACUUCGGCUGCAGAUGUGUCAUUGACAGAAACAGGUGUCUCUGGCGAUCUUUCAGCGGCAGAGGACGUCUUCAUCUUCAACUCUGAUCCGAACGGAGAGAGAUGGGAAGAGUCGAGGGACGAGGUCCCGGUGUCAGACAACGUCGACAUUCCGCAGACACAAUCAGGCUUUCGCCCGGCUUCCUGGGUGUUACAACACGAGGAAGAGCAGGCGCCGGCAAGCCUCGACACCGCGACGGCAGCCGCUGUCGCUGGCAUUGACGAGGCGAGAGUGGCGUUUGGAAGAUCGUCGAGGUUGCAGCAGCAAUCGACGUCGAGAAGAGGUUCAGCAUCUCAGACGGGGCUAUUCCAAGGCUCCAGUACAGCCACGGCUUCCGCGUCCGUCGAGAAUGGUGCUGCUCCCUUCAAUUAUGCAUCCCUGGCCGAGGCACGAUCAUCGUCCCCGCACUUGCAGCGUCGUAUGAGUCGCUAUUCUGAGGAACAGCGGUCGACUGAAGAUGAUCGUGCCCUGCUCGAGUCGUGGCACCAGACCUUGGCCCUCCGACCACAGUCUUCCUCGUCCUCGUCGCACUCGCACUCGUCAUCAUCGCUUCAGCAAUUCCAGGCGCGACCUCCAUCACCGACGUCGACGACAGCGACGAUGAAUAGACCCACGUCUUCCUCGUCGUCCACGUCUUCAUCGGCGGGAGGAGCCUCGACGCUGAGCAUGCGGCCUCUCUCGCCCUCUCGUCCGUCCUCGAAGAGGCCGACUUCUCCGCCGUCAACAACGUCACUGGGCUCCGUACCAGGUGGCCGGAUGACCCCGACGUCCCCGCACCGUCCAAGACACUACACAUCAUCGCUCUUGGCCGCUCAGGCUGGCGCCGCCGGAGGAGCGCGAAGAGAGGACGAGGAAGGGCAAGAGGGCGUGUCUUCGAUGAAGCCGUCAGCCGGGAUCGCAAGUGCGGUUCUAGCAGCAAGGCCAACGCUGAUGAGGCGCCUGUCCUCUCAGACUGCCAUCAACGCGGUCCCAACGACGACGCCGGCCGUUGCAGAAGGUGCAAGCUCAGGAGUAGGAGCUGGACAAAUUGCGCUGGGCGAAGGGGUAGAAGCGUUGGCAGCACGAUCGAGAACGAGCAGCAGCAGCGGAGGCAGCAGCAGCAGUGGUGCUGGACGCAAGGCCGGGGGAUGACAGAGCAAAGAUUAACAAUAGCACAGCACACCCAUGUACAUUUCAAUCACACUACCCAUGCAAUAACACUUGAAAACGACGAUGACGGC